AUGGCCUCGACAGCUUUCUUGAUUGCACUAGUUGUUGUUGUGAUGGUUACUGCUCCAGUUAUGGCAACUGACCAUUGGGUUGGUGAUGAACAAGGUUGGAAACUCAACUUUGACUACAAAAUUUGGGCUGCCACCAAAGAGUUCCACUCUUCAAGUACAAGCAAGGAGCCUCACAAUGUGUAUAGUGCAGAUGAGGAAGCCUUCCAAAGCUGCAUAGCAAGAUAUUUUGUUUCACCUCUGAUUUCUGGAAAUGAUGUGAUUACUCUUACAACACCAGGAAAAAGAUGGUUACUAUGUGGAGUAGGCAAACAUUGUGAAAAUGGAAUGAAACUUGCCAUCAAUGUUUUGCCACAAUUGGCAUCUCCAGCUCCUUCACCUUCUUACUAA